UAUGUAUGAAAAACAUUAUGAUACAAAUUAGACUAAAAUAAUGCAUGAGUAAACAAGUUUUAAUUACAACAUUUUGAAAGAAGAAAUAUAGUUUUACGGUUUUACUUUAAGCCGCUUUUCAUUGGAGUUUGCGUGUUCAAGUUACGACAACCUGUCGUCAGAUGUUGGUUGUUGGCUUUGCGUCAAUGGUAAGGGAGCUAUUUUAAUUUCGAAUUUUGGACGGCCCUGAUGUGCUCAAUCAGAUACACGACACAUUUGUAACACAACUCGACAGUCUAGUAAUCAAAUUCAAGAUUUUUCGAGAAACAAUCAACAAUAUCAAAGUUUAGAUGGGUGAACCACUAAAAUACUAUGGAAAAAGAAGGAGCAUUGUUCGUAGAAUUGGUUCGUUGUUACCUUUGAAACCUCCACCAAAAAUAUAUGUCAGUGUUACACCUUUGCAUUCAAUGACAAGUUCCAUGAUUAACGAAGAAACUAGUAGCGAUUAUAAAGACACGAAUGGAUAUGGACAGGCAAAGUUUUCUAACGUUAGGCCAGAUUUAUUGGAACCUAUCAGUUUUGGAUCUGAAGUUAGAUUGCUCGCUUUGGAACAAGAACUUCAAGAGCUCAAGGAACAAAUUUCAGCAAUAGUUAAAAACAAGAAACAAUCUAGAUAUACAUCCACUGCAUCUUUAGUGAAUGGAACUAGUACUGAAGAUGUGACGGAACCGCCGCCACCGCCGCCGCCUCCAUUACCACCGCCUACAACUCCACAUAUUGCGAGAAGAGCAAGUUUGCAAGAUCAUAAAGUCGAGGAACGCAGAAAGCCUCCAUUAAAUUCUCAGGCAUCUAUGGGCAAUGUACUUAAGGAUAUUGCAAACAUUCAACUGAAACCAAUUACUAAAUCACCAGGAGGUCGUCCUCUUCGCGUUAAACGUGAGAACAGCCCCUGUAACGACUUACAGGAGAUAUUAAGAAGAAGAUACAUUGCAAUGAAUUCAGACGACAGCAGAAAUUCUUCUACUACUUUGGCAAUGGAUGAUUCAUUCUCAAGUGACGCGUGAAAACAUUCUAUAGAUAGAUUCCCAGUGUGCAUUAUGUGAAAAAACGUGCCAUGUAAAAUUUUGGACAAUGCUAACAACAGGAUAACGAAUCUGAUCGAUUAAGUCAAGCAAGAGCAGCAUUUAAGAUGCAAUAAGAAUGCAAAACAAACGUGGCAGGGAUCUUUGAAAUUGUGAUUAAUAAUUUUAUAUUGCAAUCUAAUUUCCUUGAUGUAAUAUUAAUCACAUUUUUCAAAGAGCACCGUUGCUAUUAAAACAUGUAUAUACACUAACCAAAGAUAUAACGUAUUGCAUAUUUGCACGGACAUGUGUCUCAGAAUAUUGAGUUGUAAACUAUGAGUAAUGGAUAAGGUAUUUUUAAAUUUGUAUGAAACCAAAUACAAAUAACUUCUCUUUUUAAAGUAAAAAAAUUGAAUCAUUAAUUGAAAUUGUGAAAGAAAGAUCAUUGAAAUAUGUAUAUUAAAUCAGGGGUGGCGAAUUUUGCUGAGAGCCAUAAGAGUUUCACCUCUUUCGCCCAGCGAAUCUCCGUCCCAACUUUGCAGAGCAAGCAUAGUGGGGACGGUUGUACGCUUGCGCGGAACAGAAAAAUAAGGGAAGGAACCACAACUAGCUCUUGGGCCGCCAGUUCAUCACCUCCGUAUCAAAUCAUAAAUAGUAAAAGUUUAUGUUUUAUAUUUGAAAGAAACUACGAAUCAAAAAGCAUCAUAAGUUUAUAUGUAAACUUUGUUGUUAGUUUUAUUUUUAGCAAUCUAUGGUGAACUAUAGAUUAUUAUAUUUUUAAGUGUUUCUUUUAUUCGAUUACUUCGUUAUUUUGGAAUUUUUAUUUCAUUAAAUAAAUAACUAUAUUUUUAACAAAUUUUUAAAGCAAGGAAGGAACAUGUAUUCAAAUGUUCGAUGCUUUAUAUAAAAAACUAUGAACUAUAAUAAUUAUUUAAUUAAUUCUGGUGGUAUUAAUACACAGCCAAUUUUACAUAUCAAUAUUUUAAAAUCCUUCGUAUAGUGUGAUUUUUAACCUAUUAAUAGAAUUAUAAUGGAUUAAGUUUAAUACCGGUUGUGUUAAUGCAUACAAAUAAAAUUUUCAUCGCAGAAAAUAUUCUGAUACAGUUUAUAACUCAAUAUUGUUCAAAUAUAAUAUUGAAAUUUUUAAACAGGAACCACGUUUGAACUCUAUAUAGUAAACAGAAUUAGUUUUUAUUCUAAUUUUGAUAAGAUGCAGCUGAUCGAGCACUGUCCAAUAACGUCAUGUUAGUUUAUUUAAUAUUACGUGUAUUCAAAAUUACUUAUUCAGAUUCCUAGGCGAGAGUGGAGUGAUAUUAGUCAUGCGAUAACUUCUGAUACCUUAGAUCCUGCCAUAGGAAACAGUACGUAUACUCUCUGUAGAUAUACAUUAGCACUGGCUUGUCACACAA